AACGAAAGAAGAAACUGCAAUGACAGAAAGCAUCCAUGCGGUCCCAGGUGCCGUCCUCCAUCGCCUCAUCUCCCGCCGUUCGAUCAAAAUCCACCACUGGAACCCACUUCCCCCCUCCCCCAUCCGAUCGCCUCCGGCCGCGACACUCUCCCUCCGUCGCCCUGGGGCUUCCCUUCGCCGCGAUUUUUCCUCCCUGAUGGCUUCUCCGGCACCCUCCUUGGCUCCGGGCAGUCCCUUCGAACUAAAUGAUAAAUCAGACUUCGAUUCUAUCAUAACCCCUGACGGUUUCCUCUCCGUGCUCGGCUUUGGCUCUCUUCUUUCGGAGAGGAGUGCCAGGAGCACUUUCCCUGAUCUCAAAAACUUCCGCAUUGCGGUGCUCCGCGGGUUUCGCCGGGUCUUUGCUCAUGUCGCGCCGAUUUUUUUCGAGCGCGGAAUUGCUAAUGAGGCGACGGGGGAGGUCUCGAGUUUGAGUGUGGAGCCUUGCGAGGGUGAAUUCCUUAUAGUGACUGUAUUUGAGAUAAAGAAAGAGGGGGUUCCUGCCUUUAUAGAGAGAGAGAACGAGUUCAGAUUUUUAGCCGUUUACCCUGAAUAUUUAGAUGGUAUUUCAUUUACAAACCCUGCUGUGGUUUGUGCACGCUACAGCGAUGAAGAAUAUUUUCAUAUAAGAUGCAAAGGUAACAAGGGCACUUUUUUCAAUCAGUAUGGACGAUACAACAUACAGAAGAUAUGGCGUGAUGAUAUUUUGCCUUGUCGGAUAUAUCUUAGGCAUUGUGUUCUCGCUGCCAAAAACCUCGGGGAGUUGGCCUAUGACAAUUUCUUAGAUCAUACCUUCAUCAGUGACCGGAAAACAUCGAUACGGGAAUACUUGAACUCAACUGGCUCAGGAAUUAUGGAAGAAGAGCCCCCAGAGGUUCUCAAAUACCGUUAUGGUGGAUAAUUUGGUACAAUUUCAAUUGUUCCAUCCCAAAUAACAUGUUGGGAAAGCUCAGUGGCAUAUCUCCGUUGCCUGCUGCUUUGCAGUCAAUACUUAUAGGACUAUAAAAUCAUUAAGGCAAUUCAACCUCAGAAACUCCAUUUCAAUAUUUUCCUGGUUGUAUUUCUAAAAUUAGUUUUAUUUUGUUUUAUUUUUAUAAAAUGGUUGCUGGAUUUUCUUUAUUGCUCAA